GGGGCGGGGCCGCGGCGGCUGUGCCUGCGCCUGGCGCCGGGGCUCGCGGACGCCGGGAACAUGGCGGCGGCGGGGCCAGCGGUGCUGGCGCUCCCCGGCGGCGGCGGCGGCGGCGUGGGCGCGGGGGCGCCGUCUGGGGCGGUGCCGGUGCUCUUCUGCUUCUCCGUCUUCGCGCGGCCCUCGUCGGUGCCGCACGGCGCGGGCUACGAGCUGCUCAUCCAGAAGUUCCUCGGCCUGUACGGCGACCAGAUCGACAUGCACCGCAAGUUCGUGGUGCAGCUCUUCGCGGAGGAGUGGGGCCAGUACGUGGACUUGCCCAAGGGCUUCGCGGUGAGCGAGCGCUGCAAGGUGCGCCUCGUGCCGCUGCAGAUCCAGCUCACUACUCUGGGAAAUCUUACACCUUCAAGCACUGUGUUUUUCUGCUGUGAUAUGCAGGAAAGGUUCAGACCAGCCAUCAAGUAUUUUGGGGAUAUUAUUAGUGUUGGACAAAGAUUGUUGCAAGGGGCCCGGAUAUUAGGAAUUCCAGUUAUUGUAACAGAACAGUACCCUAAAGGUCUGGGAAGCACUGUUCAAGAAAUUGAUUUAACAGGUGUAAAACUGGUACUGCCAAAGACCAAGUUUUCAAUGGUGUUACCAGAAGUAGAAGCAGCAUUGGCAGAAAUUCCUGGAGUCAGGAGUGUUGUAUUAUUUGGAGUAGAAACUCAUGUGUGCAUCCAACAAACUGCCCUGGAGCUGGUUGGCCGAGGAGUCGAGGUCCAUAUUGUUGCUGACGCCACAUCCUCCAGAAGCAUGAUGGACAGGAUGUUUGCUCUGGAGCGUCUUGCUCGAACUGGGAUCAUAGUGACCACGAGUGAGGCUGUUCUGCUGCAGCUGGUGGCUGAUAAAGACCAUCCAAAAUUCAAGGAAAUUCAGAAUCUAAUUAAGGCGAGUGCUCCAGAGUCAGGUCUGCUUUCCAAAGUAUAGGACAUCUGAAGGGCUGGUAUGCUACUCACCAUCACGUGACAGGACUGUAAGCCUACACAAGCUCUUAUCUCUACUAGAAUUAAAAUGUUAAGUCAAAAACGGCUCCUUCUUUGCUCCUCUUAGUGAAACUUAACUGGCUAGACCAUUUGGGUACCAGCAUUUAGUUCAGAUGUCAAAAGCUUCAGGUGCUGCUUACCUUCUUUGUUUGUUAAUGUGCUUUUAUUUAUUGAACAAAAAUUACAAUGAAGGUGCCUGUUUUGUCUAUACUGUAUACACCAAUCAUAACUUUCAAAAGUGCACACUCUUGUGAAGUUUUCUUAAAUUGUGCACUUUAAAAAAAAAAGUACCAAUAAUGGUUUGGCCUUUGUAUUAUUGUAAGAUGUAUGUUAUAAUGUUAAUGUGGAUUUAGUGCUUUUACUUUACAGGUUGAUUGAAAUAGGAUUGUUCCGUGUGAAUUUAAAAACAGGGCUCUGGAUCAUGUACCCAGCUGUUGACUUACUGAGUUGCACUGAUCUAACCAUGCCAAAUUAUGUUGAAUAAUUUUACAUCUUUCUUGAUCAUACUGAUACUCUGGUCGCCAUCACUAAUUCUCUGUUAAUGUUCUCUCUUAUAGUUGAAUCUUUUACCUAGAAAGACUCAUUGAUUGGGUCAUUGCUUAUUUUAUUUCUGUAGACAGAUGGAAGGAUUUGCAAUGUCAUACAAUUAGUGGAUGGCUGUUUUAGCAUCUUCGAAGUAUAACUUUAGCAGAAUAUCUUUACAACCAUCUGGAAUGUAUCUUCUAAUAUGCACAAGAUUUAGUAAAAAGAUAAAGGCUAGGUAAAAUGUAGUUUUAAAAUGUCCAUAUUCUGUUUCAUAUUUUCUCCACUUAUCCUCCAAAUAUUGUUAAUGCAGAAGGCAUCAGUAAUGAUUUGGUAGUUUUGAUUUUGUGGUCAUUGUUACCCUUCAAUAAAUUUAUUUUCAUUAAAAACUUA